UAAAGCGAUUCAGGACUAGGUUUUACCCUAGUUUGCUUCCUCCUUCAAUCGUUUGGAAGAAGUAGAAGAAGAAGGGAGCCGCCAUGGUGAAGUACUCCAGAGAACCUGACAAUCCCACCAAGUCUUGCAAGGCAAGGGGCGCCGACCUCAGAGUGCAUUUCAAGAACACUAGGGAGACUGCCUUUGCCAUCAGGAAGUUGCCCCUGGUUAAAGCUAAGAGAUACUUGGAGGAUGUGUUGGCCCACAAACAAGCCAUCCCUUUCCGACGUUUCUGCCGUGGUGUUGGGAGGACGGCUCAGGCCAAAAACAGACACUCCAAUGGACAAGGACGUUGGCCCGCCAAAUCUGCUAAAUUCAUCCUGGAUUUGCUGAAAAAUGCCGAGAGUAAUGCUGAAGUGAAAGGUUUGGAUGUAGAUGCUCUUUAUAUUUCUCAUAUCCAGGUUAAUCAAGCACAGAAGCAAAGACGCCGCACCUACCGAGCCCAUGGAAGAAUCAACCCUUACAUGUCAUCUCCCUGCCAUAUUGAGCUGAUAUUAUCUGAGAAGGAAGAGCCUGUGAAGAAAGAGCCGGAGACACAAUUGGCGACAAGCAAGAAGAAGGGUGCUCUUCGAAGUGGUGCUUCAUCCUAAAUUGCUCUUGAAGAAAGUGAUUGGAGGACUCACCUUUAGAUUAUGUCAGUUUUGAAGAUCGUUUUCAUUUUUUAAAUUUGAAUAUUUGUGAUGAGCCGCAUUUGAAUAUUGAACAGCACCUUUUUGUUGAGCAUACUAUGUUUUAAGUUAAUUGAGAACUUCAAAUUCAAAAGGUA